AUGCAGUUCUCUCAGAUCCUCACCGUCUUGUUCCUUGGCGUCUCCGUCAGCGCCCUUCCCGCCGGCGGUCUGCCCGGCAGCCCUGGCAGCGCUGUCCAGAGGUGCCACUGCCCCCCUCGUGGCUCCCACGCCCACGGCUCCCUCGCCGCUCGGGAGGAAGCGCCCGAGGCCGAAGGUGACGCCAAGAUUUCCGCCCGCUACACCUGCCCCAACUGCCACAAGACGGGCAAAGGCUGCGAUGAUGGCUGGUGCCAAGUCGAAAAGACGCACUGGUAG